AUGGCCAGAGGCGGCGGAGCAGGAACAUCUUCUCGCGGACGAGGUAAAUUCAAGGUAGCAAGAGGAGGUGGAAGACAUUUUUCACGUGAUUUAGAUCCUAGAUUUGCUGAAAAACCAUCAUCAUCAGAAGAGGAAUCGUCUGAGGAAGAAGAAGAAUCAGAUGAUGAAGGAGUAAACGCAGCUGCUCAUGCAGCUGAAGUGGCUGCCCUAGCACCAGAAAUGAAAAAAGUCAAUUUGGCAUUCGGUAAUACUGAAUUAGCUGAACCUGAAGUUGAAGAAGAAGAAUUAAGUAGAGCAGAAAGAAGAGCGAGGAAAAAAAAUGAAUCUACCUCUGCUUCCGCUGUUACGAAGAAAACCGUUUCUAUCAAAGAACCUGAAGAUGAAAGUUCAGGAAGUGAAAGUGAUGAAGAACAAGUUCAAAAAGCUCAACCUAAGAAGAAGACUCCUGUAGCUCCAGUCCAAUUAUCUAGAAAAGAACGUGAAGCAGCAGACAAGAAAGCUGCUCAAGAGAAAUACCAGAAACUCCAUGCUCAAGGUAAAACAACCGAAGCCAAGUCUGAUCUUGCUAGAUUACAAGAGGUCAGAAGGAGGAGAGAGGCUGCUGCUGCACAAAGGACCGCUGAGGCUGAGGAGGCUGCUAAAGAAGCAGCCGCAAAGAAAGAGAAACUCGGAAAGAAGUGA